UCGGUGGUUGCCAUUGGUUCUGCCGGCAAGUCAAGGGAUGGCAGCGAAGGGGGCGGAGCUCGCGAGGGGAGUCAAUUGGUCCGCAGGAGCCCACCAAGGGGAAGGAGCUGGCAGGCAGGCGUGCAAACCUGCACCCUGUAGCCCCCAGCCAGGAGUCAGGAGGCAGCCACCAGGAAGCUCACGGGUCCUGCAGCCGGGUGAGGGGCGCUCGGGGCGUUGGCACAGGCACGCGCGCCUGCGUCGCCUUCUCGGAUGCGGUGAGGACAACUCAGUGUCGCGACCUGAGCCAUUCAACAGCUGGCCUCGCCCGCGGCAGUUGCAGAGAGCCACCAGGAGGGUUGAUCAUUGACACUGCGGCGGCUGGAGGGAGGCGGCGGCAGGAGCAGUGGCGGUUCCGCUACCCCAGCGGAGCCAAGCUUGAAGUUCUUCAAGGGUGAGCUCAUUACAACAUACCACUCCAGCUCCCAAUGUGUCUGAUGGAGUAGGUGAUUGUGUCCCUUGCUUAGGAUGCCACAGCACAGUGCUCCCCAUGAAGAGUUCCCAUGAAUCGUGGCCUUUGUGAUAUUUUCUUCUUUGACACAUUUUCUGCAUAAGGCCAUGGAGAGCAGCUGAGGCUUGGUGCCUUGUCACAGGUUUGGAGUUACCCCAGAAAUGUUCUGUGAGGCCAUUGGUGAAGGUGAAGCCUCAGAUGCAGCGGAAACCCCAGGAUAUUAGAGAUUUCAGGAUCGUGGCAUAUCCACCAAGGACAGUGGAAGAUGUGACGUGGAGCCUGUCUAAGCCUAUGAGUCAAGGUGGUGUGAGGACACCAUGACAGUCACAGUGGUUUAUGAUAACUCUGAGGCAACAGAGCUCUGUGCUGCUCAGCACCUCUACCUCAAGCCUAUAGCAAAAUUAAUGAUCAACGUGUUGCUCCCAGAAUGUAUAGAACCUGUGAGGCCCUUCUCUAACUGGGAAGUUCUUGAUCAACUGAAAAGUCUGAUUUGCCCUGACCAGUUCACCACAGUGCGACUCUCCAAGAGUACAAAAGACUUCAUCCGAUUUGAGGGUGAGGCUGAAACACGAAGUUUGGUUCAGAUCCUGAAAGCCAAGUUACAUGGGAAGAUCAUCAAGCUCAAUGGUUUGAAAACUGACUUAAAAGUAGUAGCGACAGAUGCCCAGGGAGAGUGGGAACACUUCCCGAAAGAGAAAGAGGCCUCAGUGAUUGAGGGAGCUGAAGAACAAGACCAUGAUAAGAGCCCUGAUUCUAUCUAUUUUGAAGGCUUGCCCUGCAAGUGGUUUGCACCUAAAGGUUCCAGUGGAGAGAAGCCCUGUGAAGAGAUCCUUCGAGUAGUCUUUGAGAGUUUUGGGAAGAUCAAGAAUGUGGAUAUCCCCAUGCUUGACCCCUACAGAGAAGUGAUGACAGGUGGGAGCUUUGGGGGUUUUAACUUUGGCUUGCAAACAUUUGAAGCCUUUAUACAAUACCAGGAGUCAACUGACUUUAUAAAAGCCAUGGAAUCCCUUCGAGGAAUGAAGCUGAUGCUUAAAGGAGACGAUGGCAAAGCUCUGGCAUGUAAUAUUAAGGUUAUGUUUGAUACCACCAAACAUUUCAGUGAAGGAGCUAUACAGAGGAGGAAUCAAGAAAGGCUAAAAUUACAGGAGCUGGAGGAAGAGAGGAAAAAAGAAAAGAAGAGAGAAGAAGAAGUAGCUGAAAGAAAAAGAAAAGAUGAAGUAAGGAAAGCCCAAGAAAAGAGAAAGAAGGCCAGGGACAGGAGGCGAGCUCUGAAGGAAAGAGACAGACACCGUCAAAGAAAGGAAAAAGUGAAAACCAAGGCUGAGGCUCAUCAGGAGCUGGACUCUUCUGGAGAGUGGGAGGAGCGGAAGUACUUGCUGGCUCGGAGGCGGGUUGAAGCUCUUCGGUUGCUCCGGGUACUCCUGAAGAAAAUUGCAGUUUGGAUGAGAAAGGAGAAGAACCUUGAGCCUUGUCAAACUCACAUUAGCCUUCUCUUGAACUGUCUGGGAUCCACACAGUCUAACCCACAGGAAGUUGAUGUCAUGAAGUCCGAAGCUCAUCAUACCCCAGGGACUGCAUUGAAAUCACCAGAGGAAGAAGAGUUAAACACUCAGCAUCUUCAAGAUUGUGAAGAAAUGCCAAGCUAUCAGGCUUCCACACAUGAUCUUAGCCAAAAGGCCGAGAAGCGAUGCUAUCAGGCUUCUAAGUCUGACAGUAAACAAAAACAAAAAGUGAAGAAAAGAACUAAGGCUCAGUUACAGAAAUCCUCACACACUCCUGGAGUGAAACAAAUAAGACACUCAGCUAGAAAAGAAGAAACUGGAAAAGUGUUAAGUGAUGGGUGUGAUUACAGUUUGGUCUCUGACCAGAAUUCCUUGCAGAGUACAAUGAUUCCCGAACAGUCCCUUGCAAAGGAAGACCACGACAGUUCUAAUGAAUCCCAUUCUUCUAGACAAGCUGUGAUCAACCGUGGCAGGAAACAGAAGAUCUAUGAAACAGAUGAAUUUAUUGACUAUCUAUUAAACUAUUAUGAGACUCCAGAGUAUGCCCGAUUCUUUCUUGAAACAAGUCACCUAACAAGUGCGUGUGAGUGGCAGAGAGAUGUCUACGCUAAGGGGGAUGGCUUUCAGAUCUAUUUGAGAAAACAGGGGGGCCACUCAAACAGUCUGAGUGAAGUGGAGAGCCUGCAAGGGAAAGAGCAGGAUGAGGAGCAGGGCUGGCCAGAGGUGUAUAUUAAAGAUCCUGAGAGUAAGUCACAAAAGAUAGGCAAGAUCAAUUAUGCCAAAGAAUUUACAAAGAAAUUAAAAAACCAUUGCAAGGACAUAGCAAGUGAAACUGAUGAGCACUUGUCUCCAGCUGAUGGAGAGAGCUAUCCUGUGGAAAACACUCACAGUCACGGAGUCAAAGAUUCUCAGCACACAAGAAAAAGCCCAGUUUCCUCAUCAUUAAGGUCAGUAGAUGUAGGUUUGCCAUUGGCAGACUUCUUAGAGGAAAUUAGUAGCGAUUCUGAGUGCUUCAGUGAAACUCUUAGCAUGAACGAAGAGGAGGAGGAAAGGUCUGGGGCUGUUUAUAAUAGCUCCCCGGAAAAAAGACCUCUUGGUACUGACAAAAUCAGUACUUGCAAACAGAAAACUAAGUCGACUCAGCAGACCUUGUGUUCAGAGUGGAAACAUGACAGUGAGGAAAGAUACUCUAAACACAAAGUUAGGGCACCAGGUAAAAGGUCCAAAUAUGAACUGAGAGAUUCAUGGCUUGAGGAUGAAUGUGAUUCCAGUAGAGUUGACAAGAAUGUAAGCAAAACUAAGGGGAAACUAGCCCCCAAAUACAUGCUUGAUGACAGCUACUACCAUGAGGCCAGUUCCAGUGAUGAAUUAGAAAACACCACAAGGAAGAGGAGGAGACUUACUAGCAGUAUGUUUGACCAGAAUAUGAAAUACAGGCCCUUUCAUAUGCCGUUAAUGCCACCAAAACGUGCUAAAGCAUUCUAUUUGGGAUAUUUCUCCAGGAAAAGGCAGAAUCCAUGGAAGUCAGAAUAUAACCAGGAUCUAAGAAGGUUUAAAAGAUAUGAAAAUUCCGAAGAUUACAUGCUUGAUUCUGAUAAUUACUAUGUCAGUCAUGAUGACAACCAGGAGCACAUUGAGUAUGGAAGCUACUUAGGAGACAGCUACUCUGGCUCUUUGUAUUUUAAAAUGUUCUGAUGGCCACGUUGAUCAGGAACACCCUUAUUUACAAGAAACAGUUGACGAAAAGAAAAACUUCAAACCAAAUAUAGUUAUGUUGUUAGCAACCACAGUGCAAGAACUAGACGAGCGUCAAGCGCAGAAGCUCAUUCCUCUUGCCAAAGUUGAAAGUGUGGCUCAGAGUAACUGCAGGUAUGUCAGCAAGCUUUGGAAAUAGAAAACCUGUAGAUUCUAAAGCUUGGUGAAACAACAUAAUUGCAAAACUUCUUGAUCCAAGGACAGAUUUUACUUUAAGCUUUAAUUUGGUGCCAGUAAAGGAGCAGAUUAGCAUUAAAGAUGGCUGACUUAGCCUUCCAUGGCUCUUUUUGCUGUCAUAACAUCACCCAUCAUCUAUCUUCAAAGAGGACAAUAGUGGACAAAUAGGCAUCUUUUGAUGUGUUCGUAGAUUGGGUCAGAAGCACUAUGUAUGGUAACAAACUUUGCUAAAUUUUACUUCAUAAUAAUUCUAGAUAAAGAAGAGAUCCAGAAGUUAGAACAUAUAAUAGAUUUUAUGACUAGAAUUUCAUGCAGACUCACUGGAAGGAAAUGAAUAUAUUCAUAAUACUCAGUCAUUUAUUUACUGACAGUUCUAGAAGAAGAAUCAAAAAGGGCUGAUUGCCCUUUGAUGGCUACGUAGCUGGGACUGUUAGAAGUUUUUGUGUUUGUUUUAUGGACCCCAUAUCUUUCCAUCAAAGCACCAGGAUCGAAUUUAUAAAAUCAGGGGGAUUUGCAAAGGAAAUAUCAAAACAUCCUGGCACAUCAAUAAUGGCACUUGGGAAGAAAAGUUGUGACAGUAUUCUAUUUCAGGCUAUGUAAUCCUUUCACUCAGGGUUGGGUGACAUCAGUUUGUAAAAAGUCACUGACUAUCCCCCAAACUGACUUUUAUAGAACAGUAACAAGUGCCUCCUCACUCCUCAACAAUGCCAUGGUGUUAGGAAGACUUAAAAGAAAAGUCCACAGUUUUCUAGCUGUGGAAAAAAUUGUUUGUGUGCAGAAUUUGUAAACGAUUAAAUAAGUGAUUUAUCUUUUUUGCUGACUCGUUUUGGACUUCUUAAAUGUUUUUAAAUUGAGAUAUUUGUAGAUUCCUGAAGACUUACCCCUUAGCACAGUGCAUGUUCUGUAGAAAGCUUGGCCAACUCUUUCUGCCUUACAUUGGAUUCAGGACCUCAGGGCAGUUAGUUGACCUUCAUUUUCCCAACAAAGCUAUACCUGACCUGGCAAUUGGCGAUUAGUGAAGUUAGAGACCAUCUGCAGCAGGAAUAGUUGUUUAGAAUCCGCAGAAUCGGGCGAAGGGUAGCAUUUUCAUGGUAAUUUCAGUUCAGUCUCAAUUUGACAUUCUACAGGCAAGCAUCUGCUAGCAGAUGCCGGUAGGAUGCCAGUCUGUUGGGGUUACUUACUAUCGAGUCACACACUGUGUGCCCCUAAACUGCCUCUUGAGCAGUCUGGUGUCUGCAGUGGUUAUGACUAUGAUUUACCUGAAGUAAAAGCCGCAGGCUGUUUCACUGAUCUGCAUAUUCCUAUUUGAACAGAGAUUUUUCAAUCACUUAAAAGUUCAGAAAGGAUUGUAACAGAUCCACGUGUAUAAUAAGAAAGAAACAAUCUCACUUUGAAGCCAAUAGUUGGUUUCACUAUUAAAACUGGGUUUGACUUACUGAAUCAGAAAGAUUGUUCAUGUGGUGAGAGUGCCUUUUUUGUUUUGUUUUUGAGGACUAGCAAUGACUAUUCAUGUUCAAAGUAAUGUUGCCCAAAGUAGCCUUUGAAAGCACUAACAGCUCAUAUCUUGUCAGAGAGUUUUCUGGCACCACAUUACUCUCCUCCAAUAAAAAUCUGCCUCCCUUCCCUCCCCCACAUUAUUCUAUUGAAACAAAAAACAUUAUGGGUUUGUAAUGGAAAGCAGCUGACUGUUUUGAAACAAACAAACGCCAAAAAAAAAAAAAAAAAAAAAAAAAAAAAAGAAAGAAAGAAAAAAAAAAGGAAAAAGAAAAAGAAAAGAAAAAUCCCACUCAGUUUCUUCCCUCAUUUGAUAUUUUUUCUUGAGAGACUUUAGGCAUUUUUGCUCAGUAAGAAAAGACAAUAAAAUUGCAGAUUUCAGCAGCAUGUGCAAAGGUUUGGGUUUCCUUCCUGUAAUAGACGUGGUGCUAAGUCAUUUUGAUUCAGCACUUUUGCACUGUUUGAUUUCUUCGCUAAAUGCUCUCCUGGGGCCUCCACGUAAAAAUCCUGCUUUUGCUGAACCCUGGAGUUUUGCACCCAUCUGUGGUAAUGCAUUGUAGAUCUGUGUCAACCCCCUUUUUGGUGUAGGCCUUACACAAGGAAGACAGUAGCUUAGCCUGUGCUUGUCCCUCAGCGGCUUUAGUAAAGACUAUAAUGGAACAAACGGUUUUGGUCCAUUCUAUUCUGUUCUUGAUACUGCUGUUAAGUUGUGAAGAGUGUUUCCUUGUAUCUUCUUUUUGUUUCAUCAAACAAGGGCCUCAACUUGUUUUAUUUAAAGAGGGGUUUCUGUAUGCUUCCCUUGUAUGUGCUGCUAAUCCUGUAAAGGAAAAGCCUGCUAAGUGCUUUGUUCAUUUGUUUGAAUUUCUCAGGUAGAAGGCUAUGUAACCUAGGCAUUUUGAAGACAACCAAAUCAAUGUGUUUUUGUUGCAAAACUGUUCGAUGUGUUAAUUUUAAAAUAAAUGCUGAUUGAUUCCA